CGUCGAUCUGCAAGUGCCCCCGCUGGCUGCCGAGUCUCCCGCCUGCGCUUCCAUCUGCCCAGUCGUCUCCUGCACCCUCCCCUCCCCCAGCGUCAAUGGAUCAACUCUCGAACCUCACCGGCGUCGCCGAACCGACGCUGCGGCUGCUUUCCAGCCUGCUCAGCGCCUAUCCGCUUGCCAUCCUGACCCACAGUCUCCUGCUGCAUCCGUCGGUCCCAAGAUCCGCCCGGCUCGCCCUCAUCAUCGCCUCCUCCCUGCUCGUCCACAUGUUCUUCCUGUCCUUCACGACCGCCAUCAUGCAUUCGCUGUCCGUUGUCCUUGGCACCUGGGCAGUCGCCAAGCUCUCCGACCGGCUUCCCAAGCUGCUCCCCAAGCGAGUCGUCUCGACCCUCUUGGUCGCCGCCAUCUUUGGCCAUCUGAUGUGGGGAUACUUUGUGACCCGCCGUGCUGCCGGAGACGUCUAUGUCAUCAGCUGGACGAUGACCCAGUGCGUCCUCUCCCUGCGGGCUGCCGGGACGGUGCUCGACUGGGGCGAAAGCAAGGCCGCCUUCUCGUCCUUCCCAGUCUUUGUGGCCUACUGCUACUUCUAUGGCUACAGCUUUGUCGGCCCGCAGGUGCCGCUGGCGGACUUUGAGGCCUACAUUUCACUCGAGAAGUUCCAACGACACGGAUUUCUCAAACCUGCGACGGCAGGAGCCAAGACCAAGCCGCUGCCACCCGUGGCCGGAUAUGCUCUCCAGUCCCUGGCCAUCGGCGUCGUUUUCCUGGGCAUCCACGUCGGCGGAGGCAAGUAUCUCUCCAGCGAUACGAUGCGGCAGCCAGUGUUCCUCACCUGGUCGCUGGCUUCCCGGAUCGUCUAUGUGAUGGCCUUUGUGAAGGUGCUGCUCUGCAAGUAUCUUGGUGUCUGGGCCCUGGUCGACGGCGCCGUGGCGCUCUCGGGCCUGUCGUUCGGAGGACUGGAUUCAGACCACAAGCCCAUCUGGGACAGCUACCGCAACUGCAACCCCCUCACCUUCCACCUGGCCACGUCCCUGUCGGUCAUCAUUCCCAACUUCAACAUGUCCACCAACGACUGGUGCAAAACCUACAUCUUCAAGCGCCUGCGCUUCCUUGGCUCCAAGGACCUCUCGUCCGCCCUGACCCUUCUCUUCCUGGCUGCCUGGCAUGGCCCUUCCCCGGGGUACUAUCUCUGCUUCGGCCUCGAGUUCCUGGACAUUUACUGCGAGCGUGUCUUCUUCAAGUGGGUGGCUGUUCCUCAAGGGCCCGUCUGGAGGGUCGUCUCCAACGUCUUUGGCUGGCUGUGGGCCUCGUUUGCCCUCGGCUACGCUACCGUCGCUUUCGAGGCGCUCCGAUGGGACUACACCGUCACGGUCUGGAACUCGCUCUACUGGAGCGGCCACAUUGUCAUUGCGGUCAUUAUUAUCGCCGACCUCGUUGCCAGCGCGCUCUUCCGCAAGCCCAAAUCGGCCAAACCUGAGAAGGCCAAGAAGGCCUAAAACGAGUCUGGGCUGUCGUGCCUGGCCGAAUCGUGCUUGUAAAGAUCUAGAUUGUGUGUCUUUGAAUAUGAUCGCGCUUUGGGGACCACUGCGACUCGGGCGGGAUG